AUGGAUGAUGAUCUCUUUCCAUCAAGUCCUUUCCUAGAUCCGUCAUUCGCGGAAUUUAUCGAUCCUGUCGAUAACUACAACGCUAGCGAUCUAUCAACAACAAUAAUGUCAUCACCGGUAACGACAGCUGGUACUGGUGUCGAAGUAACGUUAAAUGCUACGAAUGAACAUGUGGAGUCGACCAGUAAAUUUUUCAACAAUCCGCUUUUUUCCGAUGCUCAUUUUCGAGUUGGAACGCAAACAUACCAUGUACACAAAUUUAUUCUGGCAAAAGCUAGCGAUGUUUUAGCAACGCUUCUCUAUUCUCAACAAUGGGCAUCACCCAGUGGCGAGAUUCUACUUGAAGAACAAGACGAAUGUCAAGGCGAAGUAUUCGAAAAAUUUCUGAAAUUCUUUUAUACGGCGCAAGUUACACUUGAUACAACUAAUAUCCUCGGCUUAUUAUGUCUCGCAGAUAAAUAUAACGUACAACCUUUACGUAAUUUAUGCUCGCAGUUUAUGACUAUGAAAGCUAAACCGCCCAACGUUCGUAACGCUAUUGCAUGGUAUUCGAUAUCAAAGCAAUUUUCUCUGAAUGAUUUAGGUGUUAUUUGUAUGCACACGGUGGCAUGGAAUAUCGAAUAUCUUUUAUCACCAACAAAUCAAAAUGAAUGGUAUCAAUGUGAUAUUGAUUUUAUCCGUGAUUUACUCUCUACAUCAAAUCUCGUUCUUUCUAAUGAAUAUUGCUUAUACGUAGCUGUUAGCGAUUGGUUACUAGCGCGUUCCUCGAAUACACUACUUCAAGCCUACGCUCAUGAACUUUUACCAUUAAUACGUUUCUCGCAAAUGUUACCGAUACAAUUACAUCAAGUUGAACAGUCAGUUUUAUAUCAGCGAAAUGAUAUCGAACAGAUUCAAGAUCUAUUAAAACGUUUACUAUGUCAAGCAUACCGAUUUCACACGUUAGCGCCGUUGAGAAGAGAAAUUCAUAAACCAGAAUUCGUGCCAUUAGAAUGGUAUCUGCCAAGACAAUACACUGAAAUGAACAUUACGGAUCGGGUGGACAUUCAAUCCACGCUCCGAUUCGGUAUUCAAGUUGACGUUCAAACCUCGUCAUCGCCUGUUCCAUCAGUCGAUCGAACUGCUGACUGGAAAGUUGUGUACCGAAAACGUAGCCACGAUAAAUGGACACUUAAGGUACAUCGCCACGACGCAGUUUAUGAAACCCAUGCUCAAGUGACAGCAAUCAUUUAUGAUAAUGAACGGCGUGUUCUACAAGUUGAGCAAAGUGAAACAUUUACAUUCACAACAUCGAAUCAAUAUGAACUGGAAAUCGUUUUGAGUAAUCCAUCGGAAGCGAAAGAAUUGUAUCUUUUAAUUAAACCAGUUAUUCCCUAA